ACUCCCCGUUUUGCGACUAUAGUUGUAGGGCAGACCGUACAAUGAACCGUGCCGAUACACAACGACGCCUCAAAAAACGAACGAGAACGACGAUUUAUUUGAACAUAAAUUUUUAAAAAUUACACUUUUUUUUUCUCGAUUACUUAAUAACACAAUUCGUCCAAAUAUAUACGGUGAACGCGUAUUUAUAUCGAGUGAAAUAGAAACGUUUUAAAUAUUAAAAAUAAAUUUUUAAAAAAAGUUGUGAUAUGGACCAUUUUUCAACAGUCAAUGUUUCAACACCAUACGAGGUCGUUCCCUUCAGUUUAAUAUGUCGACUUCCGGUGAAAUCAAUGUGGUUACAUCAUCUUUAGAAUCAAAAAUGGGUACGGUUCAACCAAAAGAAUGCACACAGGAAUUGGUACUAUCGCAAGAAACGGUAGCACAAACGCACGUUGAGGACCAAAGGAAAGAAGAAGAAGAGGAAGGCGAAGAUUCCGCAACGGAAAGUCUGCCACCUCCGCCCGAAGAAUUAAUCGAAGAGCAACAUGAUAGAUCAGAUGGGUCAGACUCCGGUUUGGGGUCGGAACUUUGCGAAGAAAGAACUAGGGUGGUCACAUCAAUGGUGUCCGCCUUGGAAAGUGAUAGCGAAACGUUGUUCUUGGACCGGAUUAACGAGAAUCCAGAAAAACACCAAGUUAAAGAUGGGGUUAAAUUGGAAGAAGAUAAAAUUGAAAAAGAUAUUGGUGCCAUAUUAGAGGAGGCUCAAAAAGGACCACUUAAAAGUAGUUUAAAGCGAAAAUUAUCUACCGAUAUCGAAGAAGAACCUAAAGCCAAGAAAAAGAAAGGAAUAACAUUCGAUAGUGUUACAGUCUAUUAUUUUCCAAGAGCGCAAGGUUUUACUUGUGUACCCUCACAGGGUGGAUCCACGCUUGGUAUGGAAGCACAGCACACCCAUACAAGAAAAUUCACAAUAACUGAACACGCUGUGGAACAACGAAGAAUACAUCGGCAGCUAUUACAACAAUUAAGAAGCGAGAGAAACGUUAACGGCCCAACGCAUUCAUCCAGCGAUGAUAGUGACAGUGAAGAAGAUGCUAGUGAUGUAUCCGAAUCAGAAUUAGAUUUGGACAAUUACUAUUUUCUUCAACCAGUUCCAACGAGACAACGAAGAGCCCUAUUAAGGGCAUCCGGAGUACGUAAGAUUGACGCAUUAGAAAAAGAUGAAUGCAAAGACAUUCGUUCGUCUAGAGAAUUUUGUGGAUGCGGAUGUAAAGUUUACUGUGAUCCAGAUACAUGUUCUUGUAGCCAAGCUGGUAUAAAAUGCCAAGUCGAUCGUUUGAAUUUUCCAUGCGGUUGCUCAAGAGAUAACUGUGGAAAUUCCAGUGGAAGAAUUGAAUUUAACCCGGUUAGAGUACGCACCCAUUUUAUACACACCUUAAUGCGUUUGGAGCUGGAAAAGAAACAAAAUGCGGAAGAAGAAGCUCUUAAAAAUGAUAAAAAUCAUCAUCGGAGAAUUCCUCAUCCCGUCCAAGGAAAUUGGAUGGAUAACGAAAGAUUAUCUUUUGGCACAAAAGAAGUGGUGCAAGAAAAUGUACCCCGGCCUCCUGUGAGAAAUCUCCUACGCGAUGUGGCUCUCACCUCGCACGUUGAGGCGGAAUCUUGCGUACACGAUGGCAGCUUUACAAAUUUACAUUAUGGAGCACCUGGUGAAGGUCCAGGUGGAGGACCAACAAAUUUUGCAGAUUUACCCGCUCGCGAAGAUUCUUUAGAUCUGUACACGUUCCGCGAAGACUGUUACCAAGAGGAUUGCAAACGAAUUCAAGCGCAAACGUUCCACUUUGGAACGGACUUCCAAAACGGAACGCACACGUACCCAAACGAACAAUACACCCAACCGUACCAAGCAACUUUCCCCGAAUUCAACCAAGUUUACAACCCAUAUAACGGGAAUAUGUACCAAGAAUAUUCUAAACCAAUCGAAACUAACGGACAACAAAACUUUCAACAAACCAGCGGUUACGAUCAUUUCCCGCAGGGCGAAGGCUUUAAUUGUGACAAAGGGAACCAAUACACCAAUUUAAGUCCAGUUAAUGCUGGCACAAAACUAGAAUCAUUUUCCGAACUGUUACAUGGAAGGUACGGUGGUUAUGGUUAUGAAGAUGAAACGCCGUUUAUUACGGCUACGCACCAAGAGACCAAUCUUGAAAGUACUACUUCGGAACAGGAAAAGUGCGACGAAAAAUGUACAGCGGGGGAUGAGUGCGACGAAAACUUUGGGGAGAUAAUAAAAAAGUCGAUGGUUGAAACUGUUUCGGCUUAAAAACUCCUAAAACUAUUUAAAUAUAAAAUAUUCGUAAAUAUUAUUAUUAUAUUAUAAUUAUUAUUACGUUCCAGU